UUCCUUCUUAAUUCAACUAAUUUUUAUUCUCCAAGGAAAUAUUUCUCUUUCUCCACAAUCUCAGGAAAUUCUCAAAGAGAUUUCCCAGAGAAAAUUUUCUCAACAUCACAAAUACUGACUUCAGUGUUUAAAAAAACUGGAAUGCGACACAAUUUACGGGCAGUGUCUGUGAUGUAAUCGGUUCUUUGGCAUUGUGGCAACAAAAACAAGUUUUUCCUCCCAAAAGUCGCUGCCGAGGGAAGCAAAAGAGAGGCAAAGACGCGAACAGCAGACGUGGGCAGGAGAUCAUCUCACCUCUUUGACUCCCCAUUGCGUUCUGAAGCCGCUAUAAAAUGCAGACAGGGCAUCGCUGACGCUUCAGUCGCAGCCAGUCUUUGUCCCUGAAAGCCUUGAAUCUCUCGGAGAAAAACAUGAGAGGACUGAUUGGAUUAGCUGUUGGGAUAAUCUGUGCAGUAGGGGCAAUCCGGGCAGACAGCCCUAAAUGGGGAUAUGAAUGCAUCCAGGGAAGAUGCAAAAAGGUUGAAUCCCUCAAUCGAGAUGACGUCGUGAGUUUGGGCGUCUGUCGACUCUUCUGUGGCGAAGACAUCGGAACGCUGUGGCCAAAACCAACGGGAACAGUGAGAGUUGGCAACACCUUGGCUCACAUUGACAUUGAUGGGAUCCUCUUCAAGCUGCCAGACUACAAGAGCCAACAGACUUACUGGGAGCAAACGCAGCAGCGCUUCUUUGAUCAAAUUAAAGCGAAAGUGGUGAAAAAUCACGUUCUCCGGCACGGUGGGAAGAAAGUUAUGGUGGACAUUGCUGUUGACCGUGAAGACUUAACAUUUGACUUUAACACCGAUGAGAGCUACAAAGUUGACGUAAAGGAGGAAGAUGGCAAUGUGGGUGUGAAGAUAACGGCCCCAACGUACUACGGAGCUCGCCAUGGGGUGGAAACUCUUGCACAGCUCAUUGUCUACGAUAAUAUUCGUACGGAAUUGCAGAUCCCCUCAAGUGUAAACAUUGAGGAUGCUCCGGUAUUUAAGCAUCGAGGAAUAUCUCUCGAUACCUCAAGGAAUUACUUCUCCGUGGAUGCCAUUAAGAAGACAAUUGAUGCCUUGGCCAUGGUGAAGCUGAAUACCUUCCACUGGCACAUUACGGACUCCCACAGCUUCCCGGUUAUCAUUAAGUCUCAUCCCGAUCUGGCAGACUACGGUGCCUAUACUCCUGAGCAGAUUUACACGGCGGACGAUGUUCGGGAUGUUGUUCGCUAUGCCAGAAUUCGUGGGGUCCGUGUGAUUCCGGAAUUUGAUGCUCCAGCGCAUGUUGGUGAGGGAUGGCAGAAGAAGGGGAUGACGGUGUGCUUCAAUGCACAGCCGUGGAGUAGGUAUUGCGUGGAGCCACCGUGUGGGCAGUUUGAUCCAUCAAAGGAUGCCCUCUAUGGGGUCCUGGAGGAUAUCUACCGGGAAUUCAAUGAGAUGUUUGAGGAGCCAUUUGUCUUCCACAUGGGUGGAGAUGAGGUGUCGGUUUCGUGUUGGAAUUCAAGCACAGAGCUUCAGCAGUGGAUGCUACAGCGUGGCUGGCAACUGGAGGAAUCGGACUUUAUGCGCCUCUGGGGCUACUUCCAGGACAACGCCCUGCAGCGAUGGGACAAAGUGGCGCGGGCAAAAGUUCCAAUUAUCCUGUGGACAAGUCGCUUAACGGAUGUCCCGUAUGUGGAUGACUACUUGGACAAGGAUCGGUAUAUUAUACAAAUUUGGACAAAGGGUGAUGAUCCGAAGAUUGAGGAUCUCCUCAAUCGUGGCUUUAACCUCAUUUUCUCCAACUACGAUGCCCUGUACUUUGAUUGCGGCUUCCAGGGGUGGGUGAGUGAUGGGCACAACUGGUGCUCUCCCUACAUUGGCUGGCAGAAGGUCUACGACAACAGCCUCAGCUCCUUGGCGGGAAGUAAAGUUAAGCAGGUCCUUGGCGCAGAAGCUGCCCUCUGGUCUGAGCAGGCUGACGACAGUGCACUCGAUUCCCGGUUCUGGCCACGUGCCAGUGCCCUGGCAGAACGCCUCUGGACAGACCCAACGGAUACGUGGCGGGACGCAGAGUCGCGCAUGUUGAUUCACAGGGAGCGUCUUGUGGAGAAUGGCGUAGCGGCGGAUUCGCUACAGCCCCAGUGGUGCCUCCAAAAUGAAGGGGAUUGUCCCAAUGUCUUGUAAUUCCGUCCAAUCUCUCUCGCUCUCCAAGAUAAUCUUCCUGGUGCUUCUUUUUUUGUAAUUUUCAAAUCAAAUUAAAUGCCUUUUUGACUCAAUAAAAGACUUUGAAUGCUAA